CUUACUUCUCUUUCGCUCUAAAUUUUGAGAAUCAAAAUCUCCAUUGAUCAGCGAGCAAGCAUGUCUCUUAAACCUAGCGCCAGGACGGAGGUUCGAAGGAAUAUGUACAAGGUAUCUGUGGAUGCCGAUGAAGGUCGAAGGAGGAGGGAGGGUGACAUGGUGGAGAUCCGGAAGAACAAGAGAGAGGAGAACUUGCAGAAGAAGCGACGUGAAGGCCUGACUGCUCGCUUUGCGCAGAAGGGGCACGAUUUAUACUCCUACGAGAGAUUGGAAAAUAUAACACAGUUGGUUGCUGGAGUUAAUUCAGAUGAUAGAAGUUUGCAACUGGAGGCAACUAUUGGCAUCCGAAAAUUACUCUCAGUUGACCAUAGUCCACCCAUCGAUGAAGUUAUUCAAUCUGGUGUUGUUCCUCGCCUUGUCCAUUUUCUUUCCAGUGUCGUCGACUUCUCCGAACUUCAGUUUGAGGCAGCUUGGGCGCUCACUAAUAUUGCUUCAGGGACAUCUGACAACACUGAGGUCAUUAUUGAUAGUGGCGCUAUCCCCUUAUUUAUCGAACUUUUCGCUUCUCCCUGCUUCGAAGUCCGUGAACAGGCUGUCUGGGCAGUGGGCAACGUCGCUGGUGACUCGCCAAAAUUCCGUGAUUUUGUCCUAAGAUGCGAUGCCAUGAGGCCUCUUUUGGCUCAGUUCAACGAGCACACAAAGCCCUCCAUGCUGAGAAACGCUGCAUGGACCUUAUCAAACUUCUGUAGAGGGAAGCCUGCGCCUGCACUUGAGCAGACAAAACCAGCUUUACCAGUUCUUGAGCGCCUUUUGCAUUCAAACGAUGACGAAGUUCUCACAGAUGCAUGCUGGGCUCUCUCUUAUCUCUCAGACGGUAACGACGAGAAAAUACAAACUGUUAUCAAUGCUGGUGUCAUCCCUAGCCUCGUCCCACUCCUAGCUCAUCAUUUGCCAUCAGUUCUGAUUCCAGCCCUCCGUACAAUUGGUAAUAUUGUAACCGGAGAUGAUAUGCUGACUCAGGAGGUUCUUAACCAUCAAGCGCUUCCUCGUCUCUUGCCCAUUUUGACAAGUACAUACAAGAGGAGUAUCAAGAAGGAAGCUUGCUGGGUUAUCUCUAACAUUACAGCUGGAAACACUAGUCAGAUACAACAAGUGAUUGAAGCCGGCAUUAUUCAGCCUCUUAUUUACAUGCUUCAUACCGCGGAAUUCGAAAUUAAAAAAGAAGCUGUUUGGGCAGUCAGUAAUUUAACUUCUGGUGGCAAUCAUGACCAAAUCAAGUUUCUUGUGGACCAAGGAUGCAUCAAACCGCUCUGUGAUCUCCUCACAUGUCCCGAUCCGUUGGCCGUCACAGUGAUCUUAGAAGCUCUGGAGAACAUUCUUAAAGUAGGUGAAGCCGAGAUGAAUCAAGGCAACACCGGAGGCUUUAACAUUUACGUGCAGAUGGUUGACGACGCUGAAGGUUUGGAGAAGAUUGAGAAUCUUCAGAGUCACGACAAUAAUGACAUUUACGAGAAAGCUGUUAAAAUACUCUCUUCAUAUUGGACUGAAGAAGACGACAAUGAACAUGACGCUCUUGAUGACAACGGUUUCACAUUUGGAAACCAAAGUGGCAAUGCUUCUACAGGUGGAUUCAACUUUGGUUGAAGGUCUAAUCAUAUAUUGCCUUGUAGGUCAAGCAACCUGUUUUUUUUUUUAUGUUUAAGCUUGGCAGAAAAUUUUGAUAGAAGGUUGUCUUUGCAGAUUUUAAUAGUUCAACAUUGAUUUUGCUUAAGUUUAGU